UUGGUGGUUUGUUUAUGGUAAAUAACCAUGCUUUAAUAGAACACAUUACAUUUCCACAUUUCGUACAAAGUUAAACUUAAACUGUUGAACUGUUGGUUUAUUAUAAAUUUGUUAACACAAAUACUAUAGUUUUACAAUGCAAACAAUACGAGAGUUUACUCGGAAAACUAAAAGGGGCAACAUAUUAAAAAUUGUCCGUGAGCAUUAUUUGCGUAUUGACUUGGGAUGCGGCUCCGAUAUAUGUCACCGUUGCCAGCAAGAGGAGGAUGGUAUUCCACUCCGUAGUGAUCGCAUGAAUCGUAGUAGCCUUUUUGAUUUCCCUCACUAUGUUGUGCUUGAUACUAAUGUGGUACUGCAGCAGAUCGAUGUUCUGGAGGAAGAUGCUAUACGCAAUGUUAUAGUUCUGUCAACCGUCAUGCAAGAAGUAAAACAUUGCAGCACUGUGAUCUAUAAAAGGUUUCACGAAGUUGUCCAGCAUAAACCACGUGGUUUCUUUGUGUUUGUCAAUGAACAUCACAAGGACACCUAUGUUGAGAGGAAACCUGGUGAAACUUCCAAUGACCGCAAUGAUCGUGCUAUACGUUUUGCCACCUCAUGGUACGAUGGCCAUAUUUUGGAUGUGCAACAAUCAUCAACGAAAAAGCUGAAAGAUAAGCAAAUGACAAGAGUAGUAUUAAUCACUGAUGAUGCUGCUAACAAAGAAAUGGCCGAAAAAGAAGGUAUCCUAGUAGCCACAGCUGAGGAAUACAUUAAAUCCCUUAUUGACUAUCCCUUGUUAAUUGACAAGUAUGCUCGUAAGGAUAUUGAAAAGGAUCGUGAUUCACAAAUGCCUAUGUUCCCGGUGCAUUUAAGUAUGAAUGAAAUCAUCGAAGGUGUACGAAAUCAAAGACUUUUACAAGGCCAAUUUCAAGCAUCCAGGGAAAAUUAUCUAGAAGGUUCCGUCUUCAUAGAGGGAUAUGAAAAUCCAAUACUCUUACAAGGCCGAGAGUCUUUAAAUCGAGCAGUAGAUGGUGAUCUGGUGGCUAUUGAAUUAUUUCCGGAAUCCAAGUGGUCGGCACCUAGUGAAAUUGUUUUGGAGGAAGCUGAAACUAUUGAUGUGGGAGAAGAGGCCGAAAAUGAACAACCCGAAGAUAUCUUGGCCGUUGCUGCAUUAAAAGCUGCAGCUGGCAAUGAAAAACGUCCUACUGGCAAAGUUGUGGGCAUAAUCAGACGUAAACGUCGCCAAUAUUGCGGAAUAUUGCAGCCGGCACAAUUACAGGGUGCAACGAAGCAUAUAUUCAUACCAGCGGACCGUAAAAUACCUCGUGUACGCAUUGAAACCAGACAAGCUGAUAAGCUACAAAAUCAGCGCAUCAUAGUUGCCAUUGAUACCUGGCCACGUUCCUCUAGAUAUCCGCAUGGCCACUUUGUGCGCUCACUGGGAGCUUUGGGUGAUGUGGAGACUGAGAAUGAGGUCAUUCUGUUGGAACACGAUGUGCCACAUAGCAAAUUCUCGGAAGAAGUUCUAAGUUUCUUACCCAAAAUGCCUUGGACUAUAACGCCCGAUGAUUAUGCUGCACGUGUCGAUUUAAGAGAUAUUGACAUUUGUUCUGUCGAUCCACCUGGUUGCACAGAUAUUGAUGAUGCCUUACAUUGUCGUGAUUUACCCAACGGCAAUUUGGAGGUGGGAGUUCAUAUAGCCGAUGUUAGUCAUUUUAUUCGUCCCGGCAAUGCUUUGGAUAAAGAGGCUGCAUCUCGCGGCACUACUGUCUAUUUGGUUGGCAAGCGCAUAGAUAUGGUACCAGAACUGCUAAGCUCAAAUCUUUGCUCCUUGCUAGGGGGUGUGGAAAGAUUUGCCUUUUCCUGCAUUUGGGAAAUGGAUCAUGAGGCGAAUAUAAUUAGCAAAAAAUUCCAUAAGAGUGUCAUUAAAUCCAAAUCAGCUAUGACAUAUGAAAUGGCACAAAUCAUCAUAGAUGAUAAAACGCAGAACAAUGCAAUAGCAAGAUCUUUGCGCAAUUUAAAUAAGUUGGCAAAGAUAUUAAAAAAGCGGAGAAUGGACAAUGGAGCUUUGGUUUUGGCUUCUCCUGAAAUACGUUUCCAGGUGGACAGUGAGACUCAUGAGCCCUUGGAGGUAGAAGCAAAACAAAUGCGUGAUACCAACUCAAUGGUAGAGGAAUUCAUGUUGCUGGCCAAUAUAACAGUGGCCGAACAUAUUGCCAAUGAAUUUCCCGAAUGUGCUAUGCUGAGAAGACAUCCAAGGCCAGCACCUAGCAAUUUUGAGCCGCUUAUAAAAGCCGCCCGUCAUCAAAACUUUGAAAUUUGUUGCGAUACUGGAUUAGAGUUUUCCAAGUCAUUGGAUUUGUGUGUUAAACCGGACAAUCCAUACUUUAAUACAAUGAUACGUAUUCUGGCUACUCGUUGCAUGAUGCAGGCCUUGUACUUUAUAAGCGGUACAUUGCAAAAGGAUCAAUUUGAACAUUACGGUUUGGCUGCUUCCAUAUAUACGCAUUUUACUUCACCCAUCAGAAGAUACUCUGACAUUAUUGUACAUCGUUUACUGGCUGCUUCUAUAGGUGCUGAUAGCACUUAUGCACAAUUGCUGGAUAAAAAUGCCAAUGCAGAAUUAUGUCACAACCUAAACUACCGUCACAAAAUGGCUCAAUAUGCCGGCAGAGCUUCAGUGGCUCUUAAUACUCAUCUGUUCUUUAAGGGCAAGGUGCAGGAUGAGGAGGGUUAUGUUCUAUUUGUGCGCAAAAAUGCUUUACAAGUUCUUAUACCCAAAUUUGGUUUGGAAGGCACCAUAUUCUUGAAUGCUUUAAAAGAGGACCAGAAGAAAUCCCCAAAUGGUGUUGUCUUUACAUUUAAUGAAGAGGAUUAUACUCAACGUUGUGGUGAUGUUGUUUUCCAUGCUUUUGAUCCUGUUACCGUUCGUUUGAGUUUAGACUCGUCCAAUGUUCAACAUGAAAAAUUAGUGUUUCAAUUGGUAAAACCUUACAUCAAAGGUUUUAGUGUUGAAGAGAAUACGAAUGAUGACAAGAAUACUUUAGUCGAUGUCGAGAUGGCAACUGCAGCUCCUCCGCAAAAGAAAAUGAAAAAAUCAAAACAAAAUAAGAAUAAAUAACAACAAGAACACCA